AUGGCAGUCCCCAACACACAAACAGCUCUGAAAAUCACCGCACCGGGGCAGUUCCAGGUGAUCGUGUCCAGCCCUGUGCCAGAGCUCGACCCGGAUGAAAUCCUGGUGCAAGUGGUCUGCAUUGCGAUCAACCCGGUCGACGCAAAGUCGGCUGAUUUGUCGCCCACCGUUGGCGCAACGUCUGGAUCUGAUUUCUCCGGGGAGGUCGUCAAGCGAGGCAGGGCAGUGUCCGACCAGACUGUGCAGGUUGGCGAGCGAGUCUGUGGGUGUGUGUUUGGCAAUAACCCAGACCGACCGGAGAACGGGGCGUUUGCGCAAUACAUCGCCGUCCCGGCGGAUUUAAUCUUCAAACUUCCCCGCGGGGUGUCCUUUGCGACAGGCGCCACAUUAGGAGUGGGGUUGUCCACCGUCGGCAUGGCAUUGUACCAUACCUGGGGGUUGCCCGUGCCGGAGGACAGGAAUAGUAGUAUCCCCGAUGGGUCACAGUAUGUGUUGGUGUAUGGAGGAGGAACGGCUACGGGCACUUUGGCGAUUCAAAUGCUGCGACGCUCUGGCCUAAUACCCAUCACCACUUGCUCGCCCCGAAAUUUCCACCGGGUAAGAUCGCUGGGCGCCGCGGCCGCGUUUGACUACGCCUCGCCGACCUGCGGCCACGAUAUCCGCGAAUUCACCCAGGACACGCUGAGCUUCGCGCUCGACUGCAUCACCGAUCUCCCCUCAGUGAAGAUCUGCUACGAGGCAAUAGGCUGCAAUGGGGGCCAGUAUCUGAGCCUGGAACCGAUUCCCCUGCGUGGACAUACGCGGCGGAGUGUGAAGCCGAACUGGAUCCUCUCCUUGACUAUGUUCAACAAGCCUAUCCAGUGGAAGAAGCCCUACCAGCGCGCGGCAAAAGUCCAGGACCGAGAAUUUGCCGCCGGCUGGUUUCGGAUUGCGCAGCAGCUCCUGAGCGCCGGCGAAAUUAUUCCCCACCCGCAUCAAGUUUCUAGCAACCCCGGGUUGGAGAGCGUGAUUGGCGGCUUGGACGCCGUGCACAAAGGCGAAGUGGCUGGCGUUAAACUUGUGUAUCACAUUUAG